UAGACUUUCGUCAUUCUCUUUAUGCAUUUCUUUCUUGAAGCGAUCAACGUUCAGAGAACGUUCGGAACAAUAUGGUCUUUUUUACUCCAUAUUUUCAUAUCGGUAGUUACGCAUUAGUCAUUUCUAUUUUGCGAUUACACGAGUAAUUGUCCCAUCUGUCAUAUGCAAUUUGCUAAAAGCAAUGAGAAACUCAAGAUAAAUGAAACGACGAUUAGAAAUCAUUUUUACUUUUAUUACAACGUUUUAUUACAUUAUUACCAACCACCCCGAUCGCUGUCGGCGUUCUGAAAAUUGCCAGCCUGUUGCACCAUGUACUUUUUCUGGUCGAAAAUGAAUGUACCUUAUUGCCGAAUUUUCUGUCGUUUGUUAUAACAAGCUGGAAAUUUCAGCGUUCUAUUUUAUUUUAUUUUGCAAUGUCAUUACGGAAAAUUACUUAUGUUUAAAAAAUGCAAGUUCUGAAUUGAAAAGAUCGAAUGGAACGGAAUACUGAAGCGAAACAGAGCUUUCUGUAUCGGUUUAUUUAUGAUCAUCUUUUGGCAUCGUAAAAAUCUGCGAUAAUACUUUGCAAACGCGCUACUGCGCGUGUUUGAAAUGAUUAACGUGUCACGCGCACUCACUGAUGCUACAAUUCAUAAUGGAGGUGGUUUUAUCUCUUCCCCCACUUUAUUUCUUCUACGAUAACAUCUACGCUCGUAAGCGGCCAAAUCCGUAUUUAUAACGUUCUGCGCCUCGAUCGGUGAAGCCACUCGUUUCAUCUCCCGUUCGUUCGUGUCGACGAAAAUGGAGCUCGCGUCGUUAUUUUCGUCACCUUUUGCGUUAUUAGUGAUCACUCUGGUCAUCAUUGGCGUUGUGAAAGCUAUCAGCGUGGUGUAUAACGUGUACUUUUUCUGGUCGAAAAAGAAUGUACCUUACAUGCCCGAUUCGCUGUCGUCUAUCGUAGGAAGUUGGAAAUUGUUUUUACGUCGUACAAGCUUGCCCGAUUGGGGCCAAUACAUGUAUUAUUACCAUGCGGACGCUAAAUACCUCGGAAUAAUGGAUUUCUCCACGCCUGGGCUGCUCAUACGCGAUCCAGAUCUGAUCAAAGACAUCACGGUGAAGGACUUUGAACACUUUCCGGACCACCGUACCUUCGUGGACGAAAACGCCGAGCCGUUAUUCAGCAAAAAUAUAUUCUCCCUGCGUGGGGACCGUUGGCGGGAGAUGAGGAACACACUGAGCCCUUCCUUCACUGCCAGCAAAAUGAAAUUCAUGCACGAACUGAUAGCCAAGUGCUCCACCGAGUUCGUCGACUAUCUGGUCGAUCAUCCGGAACUCUGUUCUUCCAUAGAGACGAAGAAGAUCUUCAGACGGUACACCACCGACGUCAUCGCCACGACGGCUUUCGGCGUCAGCGUGAAUUCCAUGAAGGACCCCAACAACGAGUUCUUUCUGAAAGGCGUCGAGGCCACCAAGUUCUCUAGCAGCGUGCUGACCAUGUUCAGGAUGCUGUUCAUGCGCGUGUUCCCGCGACUCGCGAAGGCACUCGGUGUGACCUUCUUUCCUCGAGCUACGGGCGAAUUCUUCAAGAGAAUCGUAGACGAGAACAUCAAGACGCGGGAGGCGCAGGGUAUCGUUAGACCGGACAUGAUUCACCUCCUGAUGCAGGCGCGAGACAAAGGCAGCGCACACAAGCUGACGCUGGACGACAUCGUGUCACAGGCGUUCAUCUUCUUCCUUGCGGGAUUCGACACGGCCUCGACGCUCAUGUGCUUCGUCGCUCACGAGCUUGCGGUCAAUCCGGACGUGCAGACCCGCCUGCGUGACGAGGUCGACCGGCAUCUCGCCGAAGGAAACGGCAGUAUCUCGUACGAUUCGAUGUCGAAGAUGGUUUACAUGGACAUGGUGGUCUCCGAGGCCCUCAGGAAGUAUCCACCGGCGAUCUUCACCGACAGAAUCACCGCCAAGAGAUACGAGCUGCCUCCGGCGCAACCGGGUUGCAAAAGUCUGAUCAUCGAGCCCGAAACCGUGAUAAUAAUGUCCGCUUACGGUCUGCAAAACGAUCCCAAGUACUUCCCGAACCCGGAGAAGUUCGAUCCUGAAAGGUUCAACGAGGAGAACAAGGACAAAAUUCACCCGUACACUUAUCUGCCAUUCGGACUGGGGCCCAGGAAGUGCAUCGGCAAUCGAUUCGCUCUCAUGGAAACGAAGCUGCUGAUAGCCGAACUCUUGCAGAAAUUUAUUCUGAAACCCACGGAGAAAACCGUCUACCCUGUCGUGUUUGAUAAGAAGGAGUUCGCGUUGCAGCCCACCGGCGGAUUCUGGCUCGGCUUGGAGAAAAGGGAAAAGGGAAAAUUAACGCAUGAUGACGCGCACUCAGUGAUGCAACAAUUCAUAAUGGAGGUGGUUUUCUCUCUUCCCCCACUUUCUUCUACGAUAACAUCUACGCUGGUAAGCAGACCAGUCCGUAAUUAUAUCGUUCUACGCCUCGAUCAGUGAAGUCACUCGUUUCAUCUCUCGUUCAUUCGUGUCGACGAAAAUGGAGUCGCGUCGUUAUUUUCGUCACCUUUUGCGUUAUUAGUGAUCACUCUGAUCAUCAUUGGCGUUGUGAAAGCUAUCAGCGUGGUGUAUAAUGCGUACUUUUUCUGGUCGAAAAAGAAUAUACCUUACAUGCCCGAUUCGCUGUCGUCUCUGAUAACAAGUUGGAAAUUGUUUUUACGUCUUAUAAGCAUACCCGAUUGGGGCGAAUACAUGUAUAAUUACUUUCCGGAUGCUAAAUACCUCGGAGUAAUGGAUUUCGCCACGCCUGCCCUACUCAUACGCGAUCCAGAUCUGAUCAAAGACAUCACAGUGAAGGACUUUGAACACUUUCCGGAUCACCGUGCCUUCGUGGACGAAGACGUCGAGCCGUUAUUCACCAAAAAUGUAUUCAAUCUGCGUGGGGACCGUUGGCGGGAGAUGAGGAACACACUGAGUCCUUCCUUCACUGCCAGCAAAAUGAAAUUCAUGUACGAACUGAUAGCCAAGUGCUGCACCGAGUUCGUCGACUAUCUGGUCGAUCAUCCGGAAAUCUGUUCUUCCAUAGAGACGAAGAAGAUCUUCAGACGGUACACCACCGACGUCAUCGCCACGACGGCUUUCGGCGUCAGCGUGAAUUCCAUGAAGGAACCCAACAACGAGUUCUAUCUGAAAGGCAUCGAGGCCACCAAGUUCUCUAGCGGCGUGCUGACCAUGAUCAAGAUCGUGUUCAUGCGCGGGUUCCCGCGACUCGCGAAGGCACUCGGUAUGACCUUCUUUCCUCGAGCUACGGGCGACUUCUUCAAGAGAAUCGUAGGCGAGAACAUCAAGAUGCGGGAGGCGCAGGGUAUCGUUAGACCGGACAUGAUUCACCUCCUGAUGCAGGCGCGAGACAAAGGCAGCGCGAACAAACUGACGCUGGACGACAUCGUUUCGCAGGCAUUCAUCUUCUUCUUCGCGGGAUUCGAGACGUCCUCGACGCUCAUGUGCUUCGUCGCUCACGAGCUUGCGGUCAAUCCAGACAUCCAGGCUCGCCUGCGCGACGAGGUCGACCGGCAUCUCGCCGAAGGAAACGGCAGUAUCUCGUACGAUUCGAUGUCGAAGAUGGUUUACAUGGACAUGGUGGUCUCCGAGGCCCUCAGGAAGUAUCCACCGGCGAUCUUCACCGACAGAUUCACCGCCAAGAGAUACGAGCUGCCUCCGGCGCAACCGGGUUGCAAAAGUCUGAUCAUCGAGCCCGAAACCGUGAUAAUAAUGUCCGCUUACGGUCUGCAAAACGAUCCCAAGUACUUCCCGAACCCAGAGAAGUUCGAUCCUGAAAGGUUCAACGAGGAGAACAAGGACAAAAUUCACCCGUACACUUAUCUGCCAUUCGGACUGGGGCCCAGGAAGUGCAUCGGCAAUCGAUUCGCUCUCAUGGAAACGAAGCUGCUGAUAGCCGAACUCUUGCAGAAAUUUAUUCUGAAACCCACGGAGAAAACCAUCUACCCUAUCGUGUUUGAUAAGAGGGACUUCGUGUUGCAGCCCACCGGCGGAUUCUGGCUCGGCUUGGAGAAACGGGAAAAGGGAAAGUUAACGCAUGAUGACGCGCACUCAGUGAUGCAACAAUUCAUAAUGGAGGUGGUUUUCUCUCUUCCCCCACUAUAUUUCUUCUACGAUAUCAUCUACGCUGGUAAGCGGACCAGUCCGUAUUAUAACGUUCUACGCCUCGAUCGGUGAAGCCACUCGUUUCAUCUCUCGUUCAUUCGUGUCGACGAAAAUGGAGUCGCGUCGUUAUUUUCGUCACCUUUUGCGUUAUUAGUGAUCACUCUGAUCAUCAUUGGCGUUGUGAAAGCUAUCAGCGUGGUGUAUAAUGCGUACUUUUUCUGGUCGAAAAAGAAUAUACCUUACAUGCCCGAUUCGCUGUCGUCUCUGAUAACAAGUUGGAAAUUGUUUUUACGUCUUAUAAGCUUCUUCGAUUGGGGCGAAUACAUGUAUAAUUACUUUCCGGAUGCUAAAUACCUCGGAGUAAUGGAUUUCGCCACGCCUGCCCUACUCAUACGCGAUCCAGAUCUGAUCAAAGACAUCACAGUGAAGGACUUUGAACACUUUCCGGAUCACCGUGCCUUCGUGGACGAAGACGUCGAGCCGUUAUUCACCAAAAAUGUAUUCAAUCUGCGUGGGGACCGUUGGCGGGAGAUGAGGAACACACUGAGUCCUUCCUUCACUGCCAGCAAAAUGAAAUUCAUGUACGAACUGAUAGCCAAGUGCUGCACCGAGUUCGUCGACUAUCUGGUCGAUCAUCCGGAAAUCUGUUCUUCCAUAGAGACGAAGAAGAUCUUCAGACGGUACACCACCGACGUCAUCGCCACGACGGCUUUCGGCGUCAGCGUGAAUUCCAUGAAGGAACCCAACAACGAGUUCUAUCUGAAAGGCAUCGAGGCCACCAAGUUCUCUAGCGGCGUGCUGACCAUGAUCAAGAUCGUGUUCAUGCGCGGGUUCCCGCGACUCGCGAAGGCACUCGGUAUGACCUUCUUUCCUCGAGCUACGGGCGACUUCUUCAAGAGAAUCGUAGGCGAGAACAUCAAGAUGCGGGAGGCGCAGGGUAUCGUUAGGCCGGACAUGAUUCACCUCCUGAUGCAGGCGCGAGACAAAGGCAGCGCGAACAAACUGACGCUGGACGACAUCGUUUCGCAGGCGUUCAUCUUCUUCUUCGCGGGAUUCGAGACGUCCUCGACGCUCAUGUGCUUCGUCGCUCACGAGCUUGCGGUCAAUCCGGACAUCCAGGCUCGCCUGCGCGACGAGGUCGACCGGCAUCUCGCCGAAGGAAACGGCAGUAUCUCGUACGAUUCGAUGUCGAAGAUGGUUUACAUGGACAUGGUGGUCUCCGAGACCCUCAGGAGGUAUCCACCGGUGAUCCUCAUCGACAGAUUAACCGCCAAGAGAUACGAGCUGCCUCCGGCGCAACCGGGUUGCAAAAGUCUGAUCAUCGAGCCCGAAAACGUGAUAAUAUUGCCCGCUUACGGUCUGCAAAACGAUCCCAAGUACUUCCCGAACCCGGAGAAGUUCGAUCCUGAAAGGUUCAACGAGGAGAACAAGGACAAAAUUCACCCGUACACUUAUCUGCCAUUCGGACUGGGACCCAGGAAGUGCAUCGGCAAUCGAUUCGCUCUCAUGGAAACGAAGCUGCUGAUAGCCGAACUCUUGCAGAAAUUUAUUCUGAAACCCACGGAGAAAACCAUCUACCCUAUCGUGUUUGAUAAGAGGGAGUUCUCGUUGCAGCCCACCGGCGGAUUCUGGCUCGGCUUGGAGAAACGGGAAAAGGGAAAGUAAAGGAGCUGGGUUUGCGCGCAGCGCGCGUUACUUCGCAUCCGGACGAGCGAGCGUCGCUGCGUUUCCAAUUCUUUGAUAAGUCCAACGUGCGUUCUCGAGAUCUUCGCUUCCGAAUAGGAUUUAUUUAUGCUGUAUCAUAGUUACGCAAGUUCAACAAACAGCAUUAUUCCGCUACGUGGUGUGCUAAUCAAGUGUUAGUUAAUGAAAUAUGGAAAAA